AUGCCACGUGUAUCCACUCCCUCCUAUCCACGUAAGCGUCUGGAAGAUAGAGGCGCGCCAAGAAGAAGAAUCCCUCUCCAUCCUUGUUGUCUCUGUAAAACUUGUAUGCUUCCAUCAAUGGCUUUUCCGUUGUCUUCUUCCACCGUCGUCUCUCUCCACUCUUUACCUCUUAACCGCAGAUUCCUCUUCGUAAAACGCAAUUCACCCUUCAGUCGAACAAGUUCCGUAGAUUUACGCAUGCGCUUGCACUCUACAUCCACCAAGUUUAGCGCCAAGGAACUUAUAGCUUCGUGCGAAUCUUCAAUUGAUUCGAAUUCGAAACCUUUAGAAGCUGGAUCUAAGAAUAUAGAGAAAUUGGUAGCAACGAUCCUGAUAUUUGUGCAAGUAUGGUCUCCAUUGCCCUUGUUUGGUCUAGACUAUGCUUACGUGUCCCCUGCAGAGGCUGUUCUUUACUCUCCGGACACAAAAGUUCCAAGAAGUGGAGAGCUUGCUCUGAGAAGAGCCAUUCCUGCUAAUCCAAACAUGAAGACUAUUCAGGCUUCAUUAGAAGAUAUAUCAUAUCUUUUGAGAAUCCCACAAAGAAAGCCUUACGGUACAAUGGAGAGCAAUGUAAAGAAAGCUCUCAAGGUGGCUGUGGAAGAGAAGGAUUCGAUAUUGGCUAGUAUACCAGCAGACUUGAAAGACAAGGGCUCACAGCUCUACGCAUCUCUUAUUGAAGGCAAGGGUGGACUUGAAGCACUUAUAAAAUCAAUAAAGAAUCAAGAUCCUGAUAAAGUGUCCAUUGGCCUGGCAUCAUCACUUGACACUGUUGCUGAACUGGAGCUAUUACAAGCAUCUGGAUUGUCAUUCUUGCUUCCUCAGCAAUACUUAAACUAUCCCAGGUUAGCAGGAAGAGGAACAGUGGAAAUCACCUUUGAGAAAGGUGAUGGUUCAACAUUUUCAGCUGAAACUGGUGGCGAUCAAAGAAAAAGUGCUACCAUCCAGGUUGUUAUAGAUGGAUAUUCAGCACCACUAACAGCAGGGAACUUCGCAAAACUGGUAAGUAGCGGAGCAUAUGAUGGAGUGAAGCUGAAUACGGUGAACCAAGCUGUGAUCACAGAGGAUAAGAGUGGUGAUAAAGUGGAGAGUGUUAGUGUUCCAUUGGAAGUAAUGCCUUCUGGACAGUUCGAACCUCUCUACAGAACACCAUUGAGUGUCCAGGAUGGAGAGUUGCCAGUUCUUCCUCUUUCGGUUUAUGGAGCUGUUGCAAUGGCGCACAGCGAAAACUCGGAUGAAUACUCUUCUCCUUACCAGUUCUUCUUCUACCUUUACGAUAAAAGAAACUCUGGCUUAGGAGGUUUAUCAUUUGACGAAGGGCAUUUCUCGGUUUUCGGAUACACAACAGGAGGAAGAGAGAUUCUUGGACAGAUCAAGACAGGAGAUAUCAUCAAAUCUGCAAAACUAGUUCAAGGCCAAGAUCGCCUUCUUUUGCCUCCUCAGAACAACAGCAACAACAAUGACUCAUCCACUUGA